AUGGAGCGCGGGCUGCACCUCGGCGCGGCCGCCGCGGGCGAAGACGACCUCUUCCUGCACAAGAGCCUGAGCGCCUCCGCCGCCAAGCGCUUGGAGGCGGCUUUCCGCUCCCCGCCCCCGAGCAUGGACCUGUCCCUGGCGCCGCCGCCUCGGGAGCGCCCGGCGUCCUCCUCCUCGUCGCCUCUGGGCUGCUUCGAGCCGGCUGACCCCGAGGGGGCAGGGCUGCUGUUGCCGCCGCCCGGGGGAGGCGGCGGCGGCGGCGGCGGCGGCGGCGGCGGCGGCGGCGGCGGGGUGGGCGUCCCCGGGCUGCUCGUGGGCGCUGCCGGCGUUGGGGGCGACCCUAGCCUGAGCAGCCUGCCGGCGGGGGCCGCCCUGUGCCUCAAAUACGGCGAGAGCGCCGGCCGGGGCUCGGUGGCCGAGAGCAGCGGCGGCGAGCAGAGCCCCGACGACGACAGCGACGGCCGCUGCGAGCUGGUUCUGCGGGCCGGCGGCGCCGACCCGCGGGCCUCCCCGGGCGCGGGAGGCGGCGGCGUCAAGGCGGCCGAGGGCUGCUCCAACGCCCACCUGCACGGCGGCGCCAGCGCCCCCCCGGGGGGCCCGGCCGGCAGCGGCGGCGGGGGCAGCGGCGGCGGCGGCGGCGGCGGGGGCAGCAGCAGCAGCAAGAAAUCCAAAGAGCAAAAGGCGCUGCGGCUCAACAUCAACGCCCGGGAGCGCCGGCGGAUGCACGACCUGAACGACGCGCUGGACGAGCUGCGCGCGGUGAUCCCCUACGCGCACAGCCCCUCGGUGCGGAAGCUCUCCAAGAUCGCUACGCUGCUGCUCGCCAAGAACUACAUCCUCAUGCAGGCGCAGGCCCUGGAGGAGAUGCGGCGCCUCGUCGCCUACCUCAACCAGGGCCAGGCCAUCUCGGCCGCCUCCCUGCCCAGCUCCGCGGCGGCGGCGGCGGCGGCCGCUGCCCUGCACCCAGCGCUCGGCGCCUACGAGCAGGCUGCCGGCUACCCGUUCAGCGCCGGGCUGCCCCCGGCCGCCUCCUGCCCGGAGAAGUGCGCCCUGUUCAAUAGCGUCUCCUCCAGCCUCUGCAAACAGUGCACGGAGAAGCCUUAAACACCCCCCACCCCCGAAAAACAUAAGACCGACCCCAAAGCUAGAGGAGAGU